AUGCAUUACUCCUAUUUUGAGUAUCCCAUCACUCGCCCAUAUCCUUUCAGGUGGUUCACACCCGUUGCAAUUACAGGCUGUGUCAUCCUAACUGUGGUCUUUUCGCUUGUCAACCUAACAUCGAACGGAUUUGACUUGAAGCCUCUCUACACUACCGAUGUCAAUGGUACGGAAGCUGCAGCAAAUGCGCGAUGGUUCAACAAGCCACCUUUCAAUUGGCAAGGGGACAUGGAUGUCGAAUGCCAGCCCUAUCUUCUAACAGUCGGCGACUCUUUCUUCACCUCUAACCACGGUUUCCGGUAUAAGGUGAAGAGCAUAGAACUUCCCACAGGAGACACCGAGUCCCCAGAUAUCCGUUCGUCGAUUGGGUAUAAGAACACGACUUUCGAGAGGUGUUUUUUAAGUAAGAUGUUCAUCAAAUUGAUGAAAAGCGACCCGGCCAGAUUGCCAUCCUGGUGGAUGUCAUUCAAGAACACAGUAGCGGCGGCGACCUUACAGUGUAGUGUGGUGUCUGAUGUCGGACUUGCUGAAGUCACCAUGGAAGCUGAAUAUGAAGGAGAAACCGAGCCCGUAUACGACUAUGUCAUGGAUUCUAAUCACAAAACACGCGCAAGCUUUUGGUGGGGAACUCGGCUUUCGAACGCCUAUUUCAUUGGUAUACUGAGUGCUGCGUCACAAAUUCCCGGUGUAGAAGUUGUGAGUGAAACAUAUCUCAACCGGGCCAGACUUAUCUUCAAUGGUAACCGGUCAAAGUCGGAUCUUCGAUCCGCAGCGUUGUUUGAUCUCCGUUGGUCGUUCCAAUUCGAGAAUAGCUUAGUGGUAACUGUGGAUUCGGACUUUGAGUACGACACCACCCCCUACAACUCUGAUUUCUGGGCAUCGCCAACACUGACGGAAGCCCUGCAUUACUCCAAAAUCAUGCAUUCGCUGUUUGCGUUAGACCUUGGUAACUGUGACUCGCCAAACCUGUUGGUAGACGAAGAUGGCCUCAACUAUGCCAUCUUGGACCCAAAUAACUCCAAUCGGCUUCCGGGUGGUAUAUUUGGUAAUUUUACUGACGAAGAUCGGCUGGAUAACCACCGAUUCACCAUGCUACCCAGGCCCGACGCCGACGAAUCUCUCAUCCGGGGCACCGUUCCCCUGAAUGAGAGCUACAGCACUAUCCAGCCGCUCAUGGGUCCUUUGUCCUGCGAAAAGGCUACUAUAGCAGCUCAAUACCUUUGCUCCGUUCCCAAGCAGAAAAGCGUAGGGGUGAUGUUGCUGGCGAUCGUCCUUGCAGAUUUGGUCUUUCUUCAAGCAGCGUGGAAGCUAUUGCAGUGGACCGCGGACUCGAGAAUGGCGAACAGACCUCAGAUGAAGUUCUGCGAAGGCUGUCUUGACGCCCGGGGGGGAAAUCCCGACGGAAUUCAACUAGAGAACCAGACUCGUGGAAGACAACGGGCAGGUUCCACACUUCGCCCCAACGAUCGUUAUGUUAGACUUCAUAGCCACGAGUGA